CCUAGGUUUUGAUGCAUCGGAAGGGCGGGAUGUCGCUUGGAGCGAUGUUUCCACAGAAGGAGCAACGGCCGAAGUGAUGCAGCAAUAUAAGAAUGAAGUUGAAAUUCUUCGUGCUGUUGAUUCCGAGUAUAUUAUACACUAUAUCGAUUCGUGGAUGGACAAGGAAAAGAAAAAGGUUGUCAUUAUCACACAAUAUAUGCCCUCGGGGACCAUUUUGCAAUAUAUAAAAAAUAAGAAUGUUUCUCUCAAAGCCAUCAAAAAAUGGGCUGUUCAAAUCUUAAAUGGACUAAACUACCUCCAUUCUAGGAAUCCGCCAAUAAUUCACAAAGAUUUGAAAUGUGCAAACCUUUUUAUUGAUGGCGUUGUAUCUCUAAUUCGUAUCGGAGACUUGGGUCUUGCCUCCCAUAGCACCAAAGACAGUCCCAUCGCAGGCACCAUUCCUUACAUGGCGCCCGAAAUCAUCGACUCCAACGUGUACAACGAGAAAACAGACAUGUACGCCUUCGGCAUGUGUCUCCUCGAAAUCCUCACAAAGAAAACACCCUACUCGGAAUGCCAAUCCACCAACGAGCUCCUCGCCAAGAUCCUUUCCGACGAGCCUCCUGCCGCCCUCGCCGAGAUCUCCGAUCCCGAUUUCAAGCAGCUCAUCGAGCAGCUGCUCGGGCCUCCCGAGACGCGUCCCACCGCCGCCGAUCUGCUCGUGGAUUCGUUUUUGCUGCAGGAAAGCGACGAGGUUUCGCUGUCGCAGCGCGAAUCCGCCGCGGAGUUUCAUCCCGUGGAGAACUGGAUCCCCGUGCAAUUCCCGCGGGUAGUCGCUCGGGGGGUCUGA